AUGCAAGAGUUCAAACGGACUCAUAGGCCCAUUCCACUUGAUUGUAUUCAUCCUCGUUGGAAGAAGUUAGAUUUUUUGGAGCCCCGACCUAUUGCUACAUCGAACAAUCCUCCAGAAAAUGCACAAUUAGAAUUAUUUGUGAAGUGGUUUCAAAGUUGUAGUUCUGAGACAAAGAGACAUGUUAGUAUGAAGUUACAAGAGAUUAUGAAUCCCACAUCUACCACGCUUACACAACCCCAGCUGAAGAUUAAAACAAAAGGUCGUCCAAAAGUUGACACAUCUACUCGACAUUUGCCUUCUGCUUUUGAGGUUGUCUUAUUUGGUCAAGAUAGUGCACAUUCGAUUGACAAAGUUGUUACAAGACCGCCAUGUAAGAAGCCAAUGACCAUACCCCAAAAGCGAUCAGUAUUCAAUAGUCAGACACAACCAUUGCCAUAUGUGAAUCCAAAGAAGCGGCCUUCGAAGCUACCUGUCUAUAGGCCUAAACCCAUUGUAGAUGACUCUUGCUUAACACCAGAAGGGGCACAAGAUGUUAAGAGUGAUGGUAAUUGUGGUUUUAGAGCCAUUGGAUCAUUGAUGGGAUUUGGUGACAAUGCUUGGCGCAAAGUACAUAGAGACUUGUUGAAGGAGUUGAGGAAAGAAUCUGUCAUAUACGAGUUAAUAUUAAAUGGUAAGGAAUGGCCACUUACAUUUUUUCCAUAUGAGACUGCUCCAUUGGAUUCUAUCUAUCGCCGUGAGAUUUCGAUUGGAUUUGUUAACCACAACCACUGGAUUAAGGUUUAUUUGGAAGGUCAACACCCUAUGCCACCAGUUGAUGAGCGUUGGUUGAGAUGUGCAACCAUAACUGCAUCAGAUUGGCUUACGCCAUAUCAGGAUCGUAUACGUCAAUUUAGAUAUGAAGCUGGUAUAGCAGACCCUUAUGAUAAUGACCAUAUAUUUAUUGAGUAG